CCGUAGACGCUCGGCUCAAGCGGCCUUCUUUUAAAGUUCCUGGGGGGGAGAGUGUGGAGAGAGCCGGACAAAGCAGGAGGAAAGGGGCUAACAUUUAACCUUGUUCAUACAUAUCCCCUCGUUUUUCGUACCGGGAGGACAGGUACGGCUCCGAAGAAAAAGGUGCGACGCAUAAAACCGAGCUCUCACUUCCCGAUAACGUCAGAAAAUGGCGGAGCCGGACAAAUUAAACAUCGACUCUAUAAUUCAACGUCUGCUGGAAGUUAAGGGCUCGCGGCCGGGAAAGAACGUUCAGCUAACGGAGAACGAGAUCCGCGGCCUUUGCCUCAAAUCCCGUGAAAUAUUCCUGAGCCAGCCAAUCCUGCUUGAAUUAGAGGCCCCUUUAAAAAUAUGUGGUGAUGUCCAUGGUCAGUACUAUGAUCUGCUCAGGCUUUUUGAAUAUGGUGGCUUCCCUCCGGAGAGCAACUACCUGUUUCUGGGCGACUAUGUAGACCGAGGGAAGCAGUCCCUGGAAACCAUCUGUCUCCUUCUUGCCUAUAAGAUCAAAUACCCCGAGAACUUUUUCCUGCUGCGUGGCAACCAUGAGUGCGCCUCCAUUAAUCGAAUCUAUGGCUUUUAUGAUGAGUGUAAGCGACGGUAUAACAUAAAGCUGUGGAAGACCUUCACAGACUGCUUCAACUGUUUACCUGUGGCUGCUAUUGUAGAUGAGAAAAUUUUCUGCUGUCAUGGAGGUCUCUCUCCAGAUCUUCAGUCGAUGGAGCAGAUCCGCAGAGUCAUGCGGCCCACAGACGUGCCCGACCAGGGUUUGCUGUGCGACCUGCUGUGGGCCGACCCGGAUAAAGACGUGCUGGGCUGGGGGGAGAACGAUCGCGGAGUCUCCUUCACAUUCGGGGCAGAUGUGGUGGCCAAAUUUUUGCACAAACACGACAUGGACCUAAUAUGCAGGGCGCAUCAGGUGGUUGAAGAUGGUUAUGAGUUUUUCGCAAAGAGGCAACUCGUCACGCUUUUCUCAGCUCCCAACUACUGUGGAGAGUUUGAUAACGCUGGUGCCAUGAUGAGUGUGGACGAGACCCUCAUGUGCUCCUUCCAGAUUUUGAAGCCAGCAGAUAAGAAAUUGUAUCCUUAUGGCAGCGGAGGAGGAGGUGUGGGAUUGGGAAGACCCGUCACUCCUCCACGGAACGCAGCCAAGGCUGGCAAGGCAAAGAAAUAACACCCGCCGGUUCCCCUUCCUACGAUUCAGCACCCUUUGUCGGCCCAACACUUUUUUUUUUUCCUUCCUUUCCUCCCUGUCUACCUCCCAAACUUGUUCCUUCAUUGGCACUGAACAGCAACAAAAACAACCAGGGUCCAGUCAGUUUUGUUUCAUUUUUUCUGAAUUGAACGCAUUUUAUUUUGCUUUGUGUUUUAUUUCCUUGUGUGUUGAUAUGCGAGUAAAGAGUGAGAAUGAUUCCAGAGGAAGUUGCUGUAUUCAUGUACUUUUUCCCUUUUGUUGUCCUAUUUUCCAGUUGAUUCUUUUUUUGUUUUGUAUCGAGUGUUUUUGCCCGUUCAUCAUGUAAAUCAUGCCGGUGGGGGUUGGGCGUGAAGAAGAGAGCUUUAGCCGUUUUAUGUUGAAGUCUGGGACUGUUUAAAGCUAUUGUACAUGUAUAGGAGGUCUGUGUGGUGGGAGGGCAGGGAAGUUGGAGGAGAUCCAAAGGUAACGGCACACCGAGUGCACAGGAGACUCCAACUGGGAGGAUUCUUUUUUUUUAUUUGAUUUUCCUCUUCCAUUUUCAGAACCAAUCAUGUGAUUAUAGAUGCUUUUCUUCGCCGUUUUUGUAGAUACUGACAACAGAAUGGUUUUAUUUUUUUUUUCUUAUGUUUUUAGCUCAUUCAAAGCUGAAGCUCAAUAAAAGAAACCUUUAAUUUGAAGCACAUCAUCAUGCUCAUCACUUAUUUGUCAGUGACUGAUCUUCAUUUGUUGUGACUUGCCUUUAAUAGAUAUGAAAUUACUAAUAUCAGUGACUUUGCUCGAGAUGCUGAACAGGUUUAGACUUUUCAUAUGUGGCUUCAGUGCGACUGAUAUAUUGACAAAGCAGCAGUAAAACAAAAAUUGGUUUGAUGCUUUUCUUUGAUGACCCAGAUGUUUGAUUAUUUUUGUAAUGUCUUAAGUACUCAUCAGAUCCAAAGCGUAGUCGCCCAAUGCAGGUUCAAAUCUUGCACAAACGAGCACAAAUUCACAUGAAACAGGGAACGUGAGAUGUUUUAUGAUUUAAAGAAAAUAAUGCAUUUCUGUUAGGAUUGCUUAAACCAUAAAUUCUAAACCAUCACAUAUAUUCAAGAUAAAUGUAAAGACUUCAAGUAACUUUAAGAAAUCAAAGUAUGUGUUAUGUAAAUACAUAUAAAAAAAAUUGCUUUAUAAGAAAUCUAUCUGAAUGCUUCUAACUACGUUCCCAGUUUUUUGUGUUCCAUCUGUGGGAGAAGAGCCAUAAACUGAAUAAAAAUGCUAUCUAAUUAUUCAUAUUAAUGAACUGUGACCCCUCGGCUGAGAUUUCUUUUGUUUGUUUUUUCAAGUGUCCCAUUUAUUUGAUCUUACAGGGUAUUCCUGCUUUAAAAAGGGAUGCUGUAAUUGUAAAAUGAUCCUCUAUGGAGUUUCAGGGUUAUCUUUCAGCCCACUUCCACCACCAUGAACACUCCUGAGUGUAGCUGCCAUUUUGUUUUUAUCUUCCGACUGUCCUUGGUUUUGAAACCUCUUUUCAAAUGCAAGCACCAUAUAGACUGACAGCAGGGCAAUAAGGAUAGAGAAAGUGGACUUUAAACAUUUUUUUUUUUUGUAUGCUAGUUUUCCUGACUGAUUUGUUUUGUGCCUGAGAGGUCUGGUGGGGAAAAUAAAUAAAUCAUCAGACUUUAUUUUGUGCACAUGUUCGAUUUGAAUCUAAAACCAACUCAGGAAGUGAGACUGAAUACAUAUACAGGCCAGCCAACUCUACAUACUACACCUGCAUGCAUUAGCUGAAGUGCUGCAGAAAAAUGGGUCCGAAUGAGUUCCCAUUCAAAGUGACCGCAUUUAAAUUUGACCAAACUAUGAGUAAUGUUCAAUUAUCCGUUGUGUAGGAAGUGUGUAAACGACUGCAGGUUUCAGUGUACAGAGUGAAGAUAACUGCAGUGCUCCCAUCAGUAAAAAACAUUUUUACGAAACCUGCAGAACUUAACGUCCACUUUCGUCGUUGCUUUUUCAUAGCUGUACAAACCGCAGCUUCAAACAUUUCUCACCUUUCUGUUUAUGCUGAUUACCACCAAUAAUCUGCUUUCAAUCUUUCAUUUUUAAUAGAUUUUAUUUCUGUAACUUAUAAGCAUAAUGGGGGUAGGAUCUUUUUAAUCAAUCAGGGAUGUUUUUGCACCAUGCACUGUUGCUGGGUAGAUUUAGAUCCAUUACAGUUAUAAGAUUAGGAAAAAGAACAAUGGCAUUUUUAUUUGUAUAUCUUUUUGUUUUCAUCUCUGU